AUGAGGCGUAAAGCAAGACAAGAGGUCGUCGAAAAGCCUAUGGUUCCAGUAGUUGGCAAGGUUGAAGAUAUCUCAAAGGAACCACAAGUAGAACGUGAGUUGAUGCUCAUUAAGAUCAAUGCAGAUCCAAGCUACCGAUUGGAGGUUAAGUGGUUGGUGGACAUCUUUAGAGCUAGGAUUGUUGAUAUUUCACAGGACUCAUUAACCAUUGAAGUAACUGGUGACCCUGGAAAAAUGGUUGCAGUGCAAAGAAAUUUAAGCAAGUUUGGAAUCCGAGAAGUUGCAAGGACUGGAAAGAUUGCCUUGAGAAGAGAAAAAAUGGGUGAAUCUGCUCCUUUCUGGCGAUUUUCAGCAGCUUCGUAUCCAGACCUUGAAGAAUUGAACCUUAAAACUCCUCUUCAAGCCAAACCAAAAACACAAUAUCUUGAUACUGAUACAUCAGUUGGGGGAGAUGUUUAUCCAGUUGAGUCUAAUGACGACUAUUCAUUCAAUCAAGUUCUUGAUGCACAUUGGGGUGUUCUCAAUGAAGAAGAUACAACAGGGCUUCGCUCACACACUUUAUCAAUGAUUGUAAACGACUCUCCUGGAGUCCUCAAUAUAGUUACAGGAGUUUUUGCUCGUAGAGGCUACAACAUUCAGAGCUUAGCAGUUGGUCAUGCAGAAGUAGAGGGGCGUUCCCGGAUUACAACUGUUGUCCCUGGAACGGAUGAGUCAAUUAGCAAAUUGGUGCAACAGUUAUAUAAAUUGAUUGAGGUUCAUGAUGUUAUUGAUUUGACAUCGAUGCCAUUUGCUGAACGGGAAUUGAUGCUGAUUAAGGUUGCUGUGAAUUCAACAGCUAGACGCAAUGUUCUUGAUAUUGCUAGCAUAUUUAGGGCUAAACCUGUUGACGUGUCCGAUCAUACAAUUACACUUGAGGUUACUGGGGAUAUAAAUAAGAUGGUUGCAUUGCAGAGAUUGUUGGAGCCGUGUGGAAUUUGUGAGGUGGCAAGAACCGGGCGGGUCGCGCUGACCCGUGAAUCGGGUGUUGAUUCGUCUUACCUUCGUGGGUAUUCGUAUCCUGUUUGAGUUUUGAUGUUUUUCAAGUGUUUUAUUGUUUUGGGUCGUAAAUUGACAAUAAAUUGUCGGGUAUUGACUUGUUAUUGUUUAGUCUUUAAUCGUUUUUUGGACUCAAUAGGCCAUGAAACGUUUUUGGUUU